UGACCUGAGUAAAAGCCAAACGGCUGAUAAAGAAAGAAGCUUCACAUUUCGAAAUAUCUCCCAAGGAAGACGUUUGUGUCGCUUGGCUUCGCCAGUUGGAAAUCAAAAAUGGGUCUUUCAACGAAGCUUGGUCUUCUUUUAUGCCUCGCCACGAUAAGUUCGUGCUGGGCUGAGCGCAGCUUGUUCCUUAGCAAGUCAGAGAAUACAGUCAGUACCGACUCGAAGUUCUCCGUGCUGCAUGCCCCUGGUUACGUCAACUUUGUCGGAUCAUCGCUGCCGCUGCCCGCCAAGGAAGUCGGUGCUGUGUCGGCAUUCGCUCUGGGUUUGGCACCGAGCAAGACUCUGACAUGGGAUGGCUUGUCACCUGGCAGCCUCUUCCACCGCCCAAAGUCGAACAUCAUGUUUGUUGUUGAUGGCGUGAAGCCAGGCGAGUCAAUUGCAGUUGAAGCUCAGCAGACAAGCAAAGUGGAAGUGGAUCACACCGCACCAGCCAGUCUCUCUGUGCACGCAGUGGCCGGUGGCAAGAGUCUUGGAGCUCACGUUUCCGACCUGUUCCACGGCUCUCCACUCGUCCUGUCCAUGUCAGCUGAUGAACAUCUUGCCAGUGCUGCCGGCGCCGGAGGAAAGAACAGUGUUUCAAUGUUCUAUGACCAAGCUACACAGAAGGUUGUAGCACAGCCAGCAAACAGCCUAAUGGCCAUGACGACUAACCAGGUUCAAGAUAACCUUGCAACGCUGCAACUCCCCGCAGGUUACAAGUUUGAUCGUAACACCAUGGCCAUUGUCUCGCAUGGAGCUCCCAUCUUGAGCAUGAACAACAAGGAAAGUGCAUCAUUUCUGGCUGAACUGGCAUCGCUGAAGCAGAUUGUCAAAGUGCUCUCUACUGACUCAAGUCUUGUUGCAGACAACAUUCCCGAUGUACUGACUCUCACCAUUUCAUCGCUGAAGAAUCUUCACGUGGAGUUCGGCAGCAACUCACCGCAAGUGAAAGCAGCAAUGGCCAUUCUCUCUAGUGUGAUCCCCCAGUGCGCCACUGAGCUAUCCAAACUCUACCAGGACGAUGCCGUCGUGGAGUUGGUGGAGCUGGCUUUUGACAGUGAGCAGUUCCUGACGCAUGCGGGUGAUGUGUCAGCUCUGUAUAAGCAACUCAAGGAUCAUCUGAAAGCCCAGACCAUGACGGCGUUCCAGGGUGACCUGCCGCACAUUCAUCUGUCUGCUCAGGCAUCGCACGAAGUGGCUUGCCAGCGUGCACAGGAAGCUCUUUCAGGGUCACCAGUCAAGGUUGUGUGCGGAACAUCGGAGGCGGCAGCAUCAUCAGUUGUGUCUGGGCGACGUCUCUUGUCCGUCAAUGUGCUGUACAACAUCACUUCGGAUGAUGCUGACAAAUACAAUCUGGCCUUUGUCCGCUCUGAGAACUGGACAGCGGCCUUCACCAUGUUCCUGUUGGUCUUCCUCAUAUUUGCUCUGUCCACGCUUGCCAUUGCCUACGUCUUGUGGACAAUGGAUCCGGGUUCGGACACUGUCAUUUAUCGCAUGACCAACCAGCGCAUCAAGAUGGACUAAUCUACUGUGCUUCUUCGCCUUGCUUCGCUGACUUCGUAUGAAAAUCUUAUGUCGCCUUUGCUGCUGCAUUGUGCUUUAGCAUUCUAGAUUCUUUUAUGCUAAUCAAACAAAUUUCAAAUUUCUGGUGCACACUAUUUGUUGCAGAAUUAGCACUUGUUUAUCUAUUUUAUAACUAGGUGAAAAGUGACAUUUUCCCAACCAUCGCUUUUUCACGCAGUCAUCCUUUACUGGUUA